ACAUCACCCCCACAAGGGAUCAAUUCCAAACAUGAGCAAAGAAGGCAAAGCAAGUGGCUUAGAGACAGUAUUUGUGCUUUCAGCUAUCUUUGUAAUCUUCUCUUUCAUUUUCACUCUUCAAUUCUUUUCCACACAUGCAAGACAGACAAGAAAGAGGAAUCGAAUCGUACGAGCGAAACUGUUCAAACGAUUAGGCUUAACACAACAAUCUACCGAUCAAUCUUCACCUUCACGCAGAACAGUUCUGGGAUUCUUUCAUCCAUAUUGUAAUGCCGGCGGAGGCGGUGAAAGAGUUUUAUGGCAAGCAAUCGAACAUCACCUCAGACAAGAUCCGGAGAUCGUAAUCGUGAUUUAUUCAGGAGACGUUGGACCGGCAGAAUCACUCGAUGCUACCGACAAAGAGCUUGAGCAAGGCAAAGAUGGCGGAGUAUCACUUCCAGAUGGAUCGAAAAGUGUCACAAAAACUGAGAUCUUGGAAAGAUGUAAUGCACGUUUUGCUAUACCGUUACACAGUCCAGAUUUGGCAUCACGUAUUCAUUUCUUGCCUCUUUCGAAUCGGAUCCUCGUAUCGGAUAGCUAUUGGAAGCGAUUGACUUUAUUGGGACAAGCAUAUGGCAGUAUGCGAAUGGCAUUCGAGGCAUGUACUCAAUUCUUGCCAGAUGUGUUCAUUGAUUCGAUGGGAUAUGCAUUCGCUUAUCCUGUCGUACGUUUAUUCAAUCAUCGAAUUCCCAUCGGCGCUUAUGUGCAUUAUCCAAUGAUCAGUACAGAUAUGCUACAAAGGGUAAAAGACAGGAAAGCAGGACAUACAAAUAAUUCAAACGUUUCUGCUAGCAAAUGGCGUAGUCAACUUAAAUUGGUCUAUUAUCGCUUGUUCGCUUGGACAUAUUCCCGUGCUCUAAGAACUGCUGAUACUUUGGUCGCCAAUGGAAGCUGGACGAGGAAUCAUCUGAACAAUCUCAUGUUCGGGACCAAGGCUAGUGGCUUGCCGGAUUCCAAAAAGGUGCAAGUGGUAUAUCCUCCAUGUGAUACAGCCUCUUUGAACACGUUUCCCUUACAGCAACGUCAGAAGAUGACAUUGGUCAGCUUAGCCCAAUUUCGACCGGAGAAGGAGCAUGCAACACAGAUAAGAAUCAUCAAAGACCUGAUCGACCAGAGAAAGAGAUCAGGGCAAGACAUUGACCAAAUCAAGCUUAUUUGUAUGGGCAGCAGUCGCAAUGAAGGGGACGAAAAGAGGAUUGAGGGAUUGAAGCAACUGGUGAAGGAAUUGGAAGUCGACAAGCAUGUUUCAUUCGUCGUCAAUGCUCCGUACUCUACCAUCUUGGAAAACCUUUCCGUUGCAAGCAUUGGACUUAGCACAAUGAUUGAUGAGCAUUUCGGUAUCAAUGUGGUCGAGUUCAUGGCAGCAGGUCUUAUCACCCUUUCUCAUGCGUCUGCAGGCCCAUUACUCGAUAUCGCCGUACCGGAAGAUGGACAAUUGACAGGCUUUCAUGCUUAUUCCAACAGCGAAUUUGUAGAGGCGGCACAGAAGAUCUUUUCGCUUGGCGAGGAAGAAGAGCUGGCAAUGCGGCAACGAGCGAGGUCUAGGGCAGUAAAGACGUUUAGCAAUGAGGCAUUUUGUCUUGCCUGGGAAACACGCCUGUGGAAUAGAUUGAUCGAAGGUGCUGUUUCGAAUGAAGAGAAGAAGCGAAAAUGAUCUGUAACCAAAAUAGAUGGAUAUAGAAUGAAUCGAAUUUGUAAAAUACAGUUGUAUUGACGUGACUCUUGUGUGUGAGAUUUUAUGACCCUUAUAGAUGCUUGAAUCCAGCGAUUUGACUUUUAUGUUCUUUUGCAUGCGUUAAUAUGAACGUCGAUAAUGCUUCAUAUGUUCGUUCUCCUUCGAAUUCUUCGACCUUUUUACCAUCAAGGAUCAAUCGAACAGUUGGAUAACCUUGAAUGUUGUUUGAAGUGCAUAAAUCGCCUUGUGCAAUACAAUCAACCCUACCGAAAUGAAAGUCUGAUGAAUCUGCUAAAUGUUCAUUCAUUCCAACCAGUAGCGACCAAGUCGGAGCAAACUUUUUGCAAUGUCCACAAUAAGGUGAAAAGAAUUCAACUAACCACAUC